UUUUCUAUCCCCUAUUUGACAGUUUGCUAAAGUUGAAAUGGAGCACCAAAUCACUGCAUAAAAAGAACACACACACCAAAAACAAACAGAGAAAGUGAAAGGGGGCGAUACAACAGAGAGAUCUGAUCAAAUAUGGGGUGAGACAGAAAAAAAAGCAAAAAGCAGCUGAAGUUGCUGCCAAUCUAAAGCAAUAACCAAUAAUAAAAUUAAAGUUUUAAUUUUUCUCUGUAUAAGCAGCUAGAGACAGAUAGCUUCAAUCUGCUGAGAAUUUCCAGAUUGCGUAGUUCACAUCGACAUUUUUCUGGUUCUGGAUUGAAUUUGUUGCCUAAGUUUAAAAUCUUUUUGGCUGGUCGAUCGGAGUGUUGAGAAGAUCUGAAUAGAGCGUAAUUGUGUUGCUGCCGGAGCUAUGGCCACUGUGUCCCAAGGAGAUACUAGACGAAUGUAUUCUUGGUGGUGGGACAGCCACAUAAGUCCAAAGAAUUCAAAAUGGCUUCAGGAAAAUCUUACUGAUAUGGACUCCAAAAUCAAACAAAUGAUCAAGCUCCUUGAACAAGAUGCAGACUCCUUUGCGAGGAGGGCAGAGAUGUAUUACAAGAAACGCCCAGAGCUUAUGAAAUUGGUUGAAGAAUUCUACCGAGCAUAUCGUGCAUUAGCUGAAAGGUACGAUCAUGCAACUGGAGCUCUUCGCCAGGCUCAUCGGACAAUGGCAGCAGCAUUUCCUAACCAUGUUCCCCUGGUUCUGAUGGAUGAAUCACCUUCUACUUCAGCCAGUGAGGCAGAUCCUCAUACACCUGAGAUGCCACACCCUAUGCGUGCAUUUUUGGACCCUGAUGAACUGCAAAAGGAUAUGCUGGGAAUCUCAUCAUCCCAUUUUCAUGCUCUCAAGAGGAAUGGAGCUUUUACUGAAGAAUCUGAAUCUGUAAGCAGAAAGGGUUUGAAGCAGCUCAAUGAUUUGUUUGGGUCUGGAGAAGCAGUAACCCAUUCUAAGUUUGCAGAAGGGCGGGCAAGAAAAGGCCUCAAUUUUCAUGAUGUGGAGGAAAGAGACCAAAAUGUCCAACAUAAUGGCAGCCAUGAUAUCCAUGCUCGAGCUUUUGACUCUGAUCGAGUAGAUAAAGCUGAGACAGAAAUUUUGAACUUAAAGAAGGCCCUUGCUAAAUUAGAAACUGAAAAGGAAGCUGGCUUACUUCAGUACCAAAAGAGUCUGGAGAGGUUGUCUAAUCUGGAGUCUGAAGUCUCUCGUGCACAAGAGGAUUCCAAGGGACUAAAUGAACGAGCCAGCAAUGCUGAAGCUGAGGUUCAAAAUUUGAAGGAAGCCCUUACCAGAUUACAGGCAGAAAGGGAAUCUAGUCUUCUCCAAUACCAGCAGUGCUUAGACAAAAUAUCCAAUUUGGAGAAGAGUAUCAGUUCUGCCCAAAAGGAUGCUGGAGAGCUUAAUGAACGUGCCAAGAAAGCUGAAACUGAAGCUGAAACUCUGAAGCAACACCUUGCUAGCAUGGUAGCUGAAAAAGAAGCUACACUUGUACAAUUGGAACAAAACGUAGAGAUGAUAUCCAAUCUGGAGAAUAAGAUAUUGCAAGCCGAGGAGAAUGCUAGAAGGAUUAGUGAACGAGCUGAUAAAGCUGAACGUGAAGUUGAAACCUUGAACCACGCAAUUGUUAAAUUAACCGAAGAGAAGGAAGCUGCUGCUCUCCAGUACCAACAGUGCUUAGAGAUGAUUUCUAAUCUGGAGCAGAAACUCUCUUCUGCACAGGAGGAGGCUCAAAGACUGAAUUCUGAGAUAGAAAAUGGGGUUGCAAAGUUGAAGGGUGCUGAAGAAAGGUGUCUUCUGUUGGAAAAAUCAAAAGAGACUCUGCAGUUUGAGUUGGAUUCGUUAGUGCUGAAGGUGGGAUCUCAAGGUGAAGAACUUACAGAGAAGCAGAAGGAGCUGGGUAGACUCUGGACUUGUGUGCAAGAAGAGAGGAUGCGAUUCAUGGAGGCCGAAACUGCUUUCCAAACAUUGCAGCACUUGCAUUCUCAGUCUCAGGAAGAACUGAGAUCUUUGGUUGCAGAGCUUAAGAAUAGGGCUGAAGUUCUACAGGACAUGGAGACUUGUAAGCAGGCUUUAGAGAAUGAAGUCCAAAUAGUCAAGGAGGAAAACAAGAAUCUGAAUAAGCUCAAUGUAUCUUCUGCUUUGUCAAUAAAAAAUCUACAAGAUGAGAUCUUGAACUUGAGAGAGACUAUAAAGAAACUUGAAGAGGAGGUGGAACUUCGUGUCGACCAGCGAAAUGCUCUUCAACAAGAGAUAUACUGUCUGAAAGAGGAACUGAAUGACCUGAACAAGAAACAUCAGACUAUGCUUGAGCAGGUGGAGUCAGUUGGCUUUGAUCCUGAAUGCUUUGGUUCAUCUGUGAAGGAAUUGCAAGAUGAAAACUCAAAGUUAAAGGAGAUCUGCGAGGCCGAUAGAAGUGAGAAAGUAUCUCUUUUGGAAAAAUUAGAAAUCAUGGAGAAGCUACUGGAGAAAAAUGCCCUUUUGGAGAACUCCCUUGCUGAUUUGAAUGUUGAGUUAGAAGAGGUUAGAAGCAAGGUAAAGGCUUUGGAAGAUUGCUGCCAGUCUUUUGUAGAAGAAAAUUCCAGUCUUGUUUCUGUGAAGACCAACCUGAUUUCUCAGUUACAGAUUACAACCGAGAAUUUAGGGAAACUGUCAGAGAAAAACAAUGUUUUGGAAAAUUCUCUUUUUGAUGCAAAUGCUGAACUGGAAGGAUUGAAGGUGAAGUCAAAGAGCUUAGAAGAUUCAUGUCUGUUCCUUGAUGAUGAGAAGUCUGGUCUCAUUACUGAGAGAGAAAGUUUACUUUCUCAUCUGGACAUUACUCAACAAAGACUGGAAGAUAUGGGUAGUAGAUAUGCGGAAUUAGAAAAUAAACUAUCUGGUCUUGAAAAGGAGAGAGACUCUGCACUGCACAUAAUAGAAGAGCUACGUGCAUCCUUAGAUGUUGAAAAGCAAGAACAUGCCAGUUUUGCUAAGUUGAGUGAAAGCCAGUUGGCUGGUAUGGAAAUGCAGCUAUGUCGUUUACAAGAAGAGGGACUGUGCAGGAAGAAGGAAUAUGAAGAGGAACAAGACAAAGCUCUUAGUGCACAGAUUGAAAUCUUAAUUUUGCAGAAAUGCAUAGAAGACCUUAAAGAAAAGAAUUUCUCUCUCUUCAUUGAGCAUCAGAAGCUCUUGGAGGCAUUCCAAAAGUCGAAUAAACUAAUUUCUGUACUGGAGCAUGCAAAUAUUGACCAACGGGAGAAGGUUGAGUCCUUUUCUGAGCAAAAUAAAUUACUAAGGGAGGGGCUUUAUCAGAUGUUGAAAAUGUUUGACAUUGAUGCGAACCAUGGGUGUACAUAUAGGUUAGAGCAAGACCAGGGACUUUUGAACCUUCUACUUGUCAAACUCAAGGAGAGAAAUGAAUCUCUCUUUAGAGGCCGUGAUGAAAAUCAACAGUUGGUAAUUGAGAAUUCAAUUCUUCUGACACUGCUUGGGCAACUCAGAUUAGAGGGGACCAAUCUUAUGUCAGAAAAAAAUACUCUUAAUCAAGAGUUCAGGAUCCAGUCUGACCAGCUUUUACUGUUGCAGUGUGAGACCCAAACACUUUGCCAGAUGAAUGAAGAGUUGAGGUUGAAAGUAGUGAAGGGAGAGCAGAACGAGGAAGUAUUGAUGGCGAACAUAGAAAAUCUGCAUUGGAAGCUGUUAGACUCACAAGGGGCCUACCAGAAUCUGAAGGAAGAGAAUUACAAAGUACUUGAAGAGAAAAGAUCCUUGAAGAAGGUAGUGUCAGAGUUGGAAGAAGAAAAGCGUUGCCUAGAAGAGGAAAUCAAUGCCAUGUUUGGUGAAACAAUAUUUCAUGGUAACCUUUCCCUAGUUUACAAUGAGAUCCUUUGCAAAAAAGCAAUGGAACUUGAAGAGCUCAGUGAAAAAUUGAAUAAACUUCAUCUUGGUAAUGUUGACCUUGAGAAGAAGGUGAAAGUAUUGGAUGGUAAAUUAGCAGAUUCACAAGUUGAGAAUGCACAUCUCAAGGAGUGUUUGAAUAAGUCAGACAAUGAACUGAAAGAAUCUGAAGGGGCCUAUGAGAAUCUGAAGGAAGAGAAUUGCAAAGUACUUGAAGAGAAAAGAUCCUUGAAGAAGGUAGUGUCAGAGUUGGAAGACAAAAAACGUUACCUAGAAGAGGAAAUCAGUGCCAUCUUUGGUGAAACAAUAUUUCAUGGUAACCUGUCCCUGGUUUUCAAUGACAUCAUUUAUGAAAAAGCAAUGGAACUUGAAGAGCUCAGUGAAAAAUUGAAUAAGCUUCAUCUUUGUAAUGUUGAUCUUGAGAAGAAGGUGAAAAUAUUGGAGGGAAAAUUAGCAGAUUUACAAGUUGAGAAUGUGCAUCUCAAGGAGUCUUUGAAUAAGUCGGACAAUGAAAUGAAUAAAGUUAAAUCUGUUAACGAUCAUUUAAAUGGUGAAAUCACCAAUUCAAAGGAUCUGUUGGCUCUAAAUGAAAAUGAGACUCAACUAUGGGAGACUCAGGCUACUUUAUUCUUUGGUGAAUUGCAGAGCUCCUCCAUCUGUGAAGCAUUGCUUGAAGGAAAGUUCAAUGAGCUCAUUCAAGCAUAUGAGAACCUUGAAAACAGAAGCAAUUCCCAAAAUGUUGAGAUUAAACUGCUGAAAGAAAAGGUUAGCACAUUGGAAGAUGCUAAUGGAGGACUACGAGCUCUGUUGGCCAUGUACAUGCCAGCUAUAAACUCCUUGAAGGAUUGUAUGGCUUCUCUUGAGAAGCAUGCACCAACGCAAUCAGAAUCUUGUAAACUUGAAAAUGAAGAAUCAAAGGAUGCUCGAUUGAUGACCUUGCCUUCUGAAUUUUGUGAAAGAGACGAAGAUCAUGUUGGCAUGCAACCAGAUGGUAUUUCAGACUUGCAGGAUAUGCAAAGUAGGAUUAAAGCUAUUGAGAAGGCAGUAGUAGAAAAAGAAAGGCUUGUGUUGCUGGAAAACUUAAAUGCAACUACCAAACUAGAUGCUGCAAUUAGAGAGAUUGAAGAGCUAAAAAUUGGAAGCUGCAACUCGAUUCAAGAAAAUGGUCAUCCCAGCCAACAUGCUACUGCAAUUAAGGAUGAGGAGGAAUUAGGGCACGGGCUUAACAACAAUCUGAAACUGCAGAGACGGAAGCGUGAAAUCUCUGGAUCAGGAAAUGAAGUUCUGACAAAGGACAUUGUUCUUGAUCACAUAUCAGAGAGUUCAUCCUACGGGAUAAGCAAGAGAGAAACUGCAGAUGCUGACAAUCAGAUGCUUGAGCUGUGGGAAACCACUGAACAGGAUGGCAGUAUUGACUUGACAGUUGGCAAGGCUCAGAAGUUGGCUGGUGCACAAACUGACCACCAUCAAAUUGAAGCGGUCAAAGAACAGAGGAGUGCACAUCCUUCUAUGGAAUCACUGAUUGAGAAAGAACUGAGCGUGGACAAGUUAGAGAUCUCUAAGAGAUUUACAGAGCCACGUCAAGAAGGGAACAAGAAAAAGAUUCUUGAAAGACUAGAUUCUGAUGCGCAGAAAUUGGCAAACCUUCAGAUAACCAUACAAGAUUUGAAAAGAAAGGUGGAGAUUAAUGAGAAGAACAAAAAGGGCAAAGGCAUUGAAUAUGAUACUGUGAAGGGGCAGCUGGAAGAAGCUGAGGAGACAAUCACCAAGUUGUGUGAUGUUAAUCGUAAAUUGAUUAACAGUGUUGAAGAUGGUUCUCUGCCCUCUGAUGGAGGAUCUGCAAGGGUGUCAGAUGAAAGCGGGAGUGUCCGAAGGAGGAGAAUUUCAGAACAGGCAAGAAGAGGAUCUGAAAAAAUUGGACGUUUGCAACUGGAGGUGCAGAAGUUACAAUUUUUGUUACUGAAACUUGAUGGAGAAAGAGAAAAUAGAGGAAGGACUAGAAUCACAGAGCGAAAAACAAGAGUUCUUUUGCGGGACUAUCUCUACGGUGGUGUUGUUAGAACCGGUAAAAAACACAAGAAAGCACCCUUCUGUGCAUGUGUUCAGCCCCCAACUAAGGGAGAUUAAAACAACAACUUUUGCAUCGGCACUUAAGUUUAAAAUUAAUGAGACAUUUCUGUCAUGUAUAAAUUUUCUUUCUUAUAGUCGUAUAGACACAUUUUGCCUUUUAAUAGUGACAAUCAGUUUUUCCUUA